AUGGUUAAGAGAAAUUCCAGAAAAGGCUAUAAUGAUUAUUCAAAAAAACGCAAACGUUAUUGUUUAAAAAGUAUCAUCAACGUAAGCAGUGACAGCAGUGGCGACGAUGAUAAUGAUGGCAAUAGGUUAAACGAGCAAAUAAAUGAAAAUAUUGUCAACGUUGAAGAAGAAAAUAAUUUCAUUGAGGAACAUCAUGAAGCAGAAGUAGACAACAGUUUAAACACCAGCCAGAAUAAUGAAGAUACCAAUAUAGAAAGUGACUCACAAGAUAGAGAGGUUUUAAACAGAAAUGAAGGUAGCGAAGAUACUGAAGAAAAUGAUAUUGAAAAUGGAACAGAAAAUAAUAGUAACGAUGACAAUAAUGCUGCUGAUAUUGAUAACAAUGAUGAAUUUAAUUGUUAUAAAUUACCUACUUAUCGUGACGUUAUUAAUUUAUUUAUGUAUAAACAUUUGACGUUAAAAUUGACUAUACCUAUCAGUACUACCGAAGCUAUCGAUGAAUUAGAGGCUAUGUGGGAUAAAAUUGGAAUUCCCACGACACUGAAACGAAAUAGUAUUCGGAAAUUUGAAAAGUUUUAUGACGAUUACAAAGACAUUAAGAAACGAAAAUCUCUUAACAAUCUCUCAGACAAUCAAAAGCACGAAGUGGAAAAUUUCGUUAGUCAAUUGAACAAAUUAUUUGAUAUUGCUGAUAAUAGUGAAGUUGAGAAUCUUCCAAGUGAUUUACAAUUAUUUUUAGAAGAAUGUCGACAAAAUGAUGGCAAUAAAUGUUUACCAUUAAUAUCUAAGUUAAACGAAAAUGCAAUAGUACUUUCUGAUCAAUCAGUUUUGCAAGAUAUACAGGAUGAAAUACAAGAUGAAAAUAACAACAUUGAAUUUAAUCUGAUUAAAAAAUUAUCGCAGUUCUCAAUGUCUAAUGAAGGAAGUAGCCAAUCAUCAAAUCAAUCUGAAAAACGACCUUUGUCAGAUUACGAAGAUGAAUUCCACAAGCUAAAAGGAAACGUAAGGUUGAUGUUAUGA